AUGCAAGAACAGAAGCCUCUAACUCAAAGAAGAAAGAAGAAGGUUGACAUCUAAGAACACAAAAAUCAGGUCCUUGAGAUUAUGAAGGACGAACCUAUCCAGCAGCCAGAGUAACUAGAUGCAAGCCAUAGAAGAACAAAAGACAGAGUGAAAUCUGUAUUGAAAAAGAAUUUGGACGACUCCUAUGAAUCAGAUUUUUUCAAUAGUUAACUUAGAAUUGAUGAUGGGAGUGUAAUGAUACUCCCUAAUUCAGAUGUAAAGUUUCAUGUUGAGAAAAGACCAGCAUAUAAACCUAAUUAUCUUGAAAGAGUAGAAAAUGAUAGUCAAUUUGCAAAGUAGUAAUAAAAUAGAAUUAACUUGGUGCAACCUGCUCAAUCUCAAUCCUAAGUUAUAAUGCAACCACCUCCUUAAGUCCCUGAUAAUCAAGAGGGAUUCAUUAAAGCUCAACCAUUGGAAAAGAAAUAAGAGCUUAAGAAAAAACUCAAUAUUCAAAUACCUGAACUUAAACUUCCAAAAAUAGAUGUUUAUAAGUAACUAGAGCAAGCUCCUCCUUAAAGCGGCGCACACUCUGAUAGAUAAAGUAUGAUAAAAUCAUUUGCAUAACCUAGCAAAUUCUCAUUAAGACUAUCUGGCUUUAAUACUUAGAGACCAACACAAGAAGAUGAUGGAACUAUAACUAAAUUACCAGACUUAUUCUAAAAAAAUGGAUCAAUAUUUAAAAAAGGACCAAACCUUUAGAUUUAAAGGUCAUUUGCAAAAGCUCUUAAUUCUACCGCUCCAGUUAAGUAGACUGAUGGUCCAAAGAAGUCAUCUAUGACUGGUAUUUAAUAGAGAAUAGAGAGAGUAUUAGAAGAAUCAAAGUAGAAAAAAACAAAGAAAAUUGAGAGCGUUAUUAUUAAUGAACUUGAAAUUAGAAAUUAAGGAGAGAUUGAGAAAAAAUUCUUCAAGGGUAAAGAUGAUGAUGCUAGCACCAAGGACUUUGACUUUCAAGCUAUGAAGGAAACCAUAAUUAAAAAUAAAUAUGGAAUAAUAAAUGGGUAACUUUACUAUUUAGACACUGAUAGGGACCAACUUAUGAAGUUCUAAGAACUAAUUGAUAAUCCAUAUGCAAUGGAAAAAGUGCUUAAAGAAAGAGUUGGUGAUUAAAAGCUUUAAGGAAGUCUUUUAAAAAUUAAAGAAGCAAUUGCAAAAAAUCAAUAUGACAAUAAACUUUUUACAGAGGUUACCAAAGAGCUGGAAUUCUAUUAUUAGAUGAAAUUUAAGGAUAAGAAGAAGGAAAUAGUAUAAUAAAAAUUUUUGCCAGAAACUGAAGAAGAGAAUUAACAAAAAGUAACACAGCUUGAAAAGAAGUUGAUAGACCUACGAUAAUCAAGAGAACAAUUAGCCGCAUAAACUGAAAGACAAAGAGAGGAGGAGCUUAAAUUAGAGAUAUAGCUUUUAGAAAAAGAACAAGAGAUCAUGAGAAAAUAAAUUGAGGAAAGGAAAAAAAAUGCUGAAAAUAGAAUCAAGAAUCUGAAAAGAAGACUAAAUAUUAUCAAUACUAGAUUCGGCAAAAAUAGAAAUGAUUUUACAUAAAAUAAUGGUGACUAAGAAUUCAAGGAUGAUGACGAUGAUGAUGAGUAAGUAGCUAGUAAAGCAGUUAAAAAAUACAACGCUGUCAUUUCAGCUGUAAGAGAUAACCUCAAUGGUUAAACUGCUGAACAUUUUAUUGAUUAAAUAGAAAAAGAUGAAGGGCAAAAAGAUAUUGGUUACUGGAUGUCGAAUGUUGCCAUGAAAUCCCCUGGGAUGAAAUAGAAGAAAAUUCUUAAUGAUAACUUGUCUGAAGUUAAAGCUCAUCCAAUAAAUAAAGACACAUUUGAUAAACUUCUUGAUUAGAUUGAGUCAAGGACUACGUUAAUGUAGAGUAUAAUUAAUGAAACUUCAAGAGGUCGAAAUUUCACUGAUCUUGAUCCUAUUGAAUAGUGCACAGUAACAAUUAAGGAAAAGCAACUUGAAAGCAUGUUUGGAUUUGCUUAGCAUGAUAGAACAAGGAAUAUAAAUUUGACAAAGAAAAAUAACACAGAGAGUGAUGUGGGAAAACCAGCUGAUAAACCUUAUGGAAUAAGCGGAGUGGCUGAUGUGCAAACUUAUGAAAAAGUUAUGGAUUAUUAUAGUGUGCUUCCUUCUAUUAGGGAAAAAGCUGCAAGUGUAAUUUGUCUAAUGAAUGAAGAUGUGAUAUUUAGAUUUGAUCUUGAAAUGAAUUUCGUCAAGCCAUAUAAACUAGAUAAAUACCUUCUAUUCAAAUUUCCAUCUUGGGUAGAUUGCAAAAAUGGAACUUUAAUGUAUACCGGUGGUCUGCGUAAAAAUGAUUCAGGGGAGCCAGUAUAAAUAUUUGCAAUUGGAGGAUUCUCUUUAAAUAAAACAGUUGUUAAGUCAACUGAAUCUUAUGACUUCGAUAAAAAUUAAUGGACAAGAGCAGCUUCUAUGUCUUUUGAGCGAACUGAUUUCAGUGUAUUUUCUCACGAGUCAAGUCAUUUUAUAUAUGCUUUUGGUGGUUGUUUCGAUUCAAACUUAAAUACAACUAUUGAAAGAUAUGAUUCAUUAGAAGAUAGAUGGGAUAACAUGUAGGUGUAACUGAAAGAGAGAAUUAAUAAGUUCAAUCAAAAUGUUUUCAUUGCUCUUGACAUUGAAAUAUUUGGAGGGCAGUCUUAUGAAAAUCAAAUCAUUGAUAAAAGAAAAGUAUUGAAAAAUUUCACAUUAAAUGAGCAAGAUGGUAAUCCAGAAGUUCUAGUGUAUAAUGAGAUAAAAACUUAAACUGGAGAAAAAACUAAAGAAAUAUUAGUUAUUGCCACCUAUGAUAAAAACUCUACUCUUGUGGUUAAUAAUUUUAUCAACCUAACUGAUUAAAAGCAAAUAAAUGAUAAAGAUUUUCGGAUAACUAAUUUAACAAUGCGUGGGACUAUUUGGGAUAUUGGUUAUUAUAAAAAUGGUUUGUAUAUAAUUAGAAAGUACAGCCAGCAGUCAUAUGAAUUUUAUAAUAUUUUAAGCUAGAAGGCAAUUUUGAUAGUACUUAAGACUGAUAAAUUCAACCCAUAAAUUGAUUAAAUAGAUUUUAGUGAAAAUCUUGGCGAUUAACUAGAUGCUCUUGAAGAAGAUUUAUUUAAAGAGUAGCUUAAGUUAAGACUUGAGGAAAAGCGUAGGAGUGUAAACCCUGUUGGAUUUAAAGAGGAUUAGUUUAUCUAAAGUGUAAGAUAAGGUGGUAACUCUAAUUUACUCACAAGAAGUGCUGUAUUGUAGAAAUAGAAUUGA